UACUUGUGAUUACGUAUUUAUUGUAUAGAUCGAGUAAGAUGGAAGCGAUGGGUUUGCCUCAAGGCUAUGAUGCCAGUGAGCCAGGAAAUAUCUUUGAGGCGCUUAGUACGGAUCCUGACAGGUUGAAACUUGAUGCCUUCCUGUACGGAAUUUCCCAUCAACAUCAUUUAGCACUAGAGCGCACCAGACAAACGAAUACGGAAACUGCAGGCAAGAAAAUUGUGUCUGAAAUUCAUAAUUUCCUGGAAGAAGAUGUUGACUUGAAAGAUACACACUUCAUGUGUAUUGCUGGGGCACUUAGUGCAUCGUUGGAGGUGUGGUGUCCUAAGAGAACUUGGAAUGGAGAAAAUGAGAGAGUUGCUUGUUUCGAUGGUAUAAGCAUUUACAAAAGAGAUUUGAAUACACUAAAUGAUAACAGUUGGGUAUGCGACACCAUCGUAGACGUUCUGUUAAGGUACUACUGUAAAUUAGCAGAAAAAAGAAAUAGGAGAAAGACCGCUGAGAUUAUCAGGAUGUUUCAUUUCAAGAGUGGGGAUGUACACACCUGA